AAAGAGUAUAGCAGAGCAGGCGCAAUACAAUUGCUUAUACCGCAGAAAACCAUUCAAUUCGUUUGUCUGCCUGCUUCGAAAUCGCCAAACCUCAAUUAAUGUCAAUCCCUAAUCUGAAACUUUGAAAAUUGAGCAAAUAUUUUUCAAACAUUAUUUUAGCUUUGAAUUUCAAGAUAAUGACACGCCAGACCAAACCAACCCAAAACCCUUUUUUCUAUAAGCUUGAACAAGAGAUACUUCCGAGGAGGAAGAAGAAGAAGAAGAAGAAGAAGAAAAUUGAAGAAAAAUGACAUUUGCAGAACUAUUUACCCGUGUUGGAUCGAUAAUUGGCAGUUUGGUGUUCGUCUGGGCAUUAUUUCAGCAGUAUUUCCCAGUUGAGCUUCGUGCCUGUUUCGAGAAAUAUUCUCAUAGAUUUGUCAGUUUCUUUUAUCCCUUCGUUCAAAUCACCUUCAAUGAGUUCACAGGCGAAGGUUUCACCCGCAGUGAAGCCUACAUCGCCAUUCAAAAUUACCUCUCCAGAAACUCCUCGUCGCAAGCCAAACGCCUCAAGGCUGAUUCCAUGAAGAACAACCAGUCUCUGGUGCUCACCAUGGACGACCACGAAGAAAUUGCAGAACAAUACGAAGGGGUAAAGCUAUGGUGGUCUUCAGGGAGAAAUAUUUCCAAGUCCCAGACGAUUUCAUUCCACCCAGCGACAGAGGAUAAACGGUUUUUUAUGCUCACUUUCCAUAGAAGGCACAGAGAUUUCAUCAUCGGUCAGUAUUUGAACCAUGUACUCAAAGAGGGGAAGGCGAUUAAGGUCAAGAACAGGCAACGGAAACUUUUCACGAACCAAGACGCCCAAUGGAGCCACGUUGUGUUCGAACAUCCAGCAACGUUCCGGACAUUGGCGAUGAAGCCAGAAAAGAAGAAGGAGAUAAUGGAAGACCUAAUCGCGUUCAGCCAGGCGGAGGAAUUUUACAAAGAAAUCGGUAGGGCUUGGAAAAGGGGAUACCUCCUGUACGGUCCACCAGGAACUGGAAAAUCAACGAUGAUAGCCGCGAUGGCGAAUCUCUUAGGGUACGAUAUUUACGACCUGGAAUUAACUUCCGUCAGAAACAACAUCGAAUUGAGACGAUUACUAACCGAAAUUUCAAGCAAAGCCGUGGUAUCAAUGCAGAGUACAGUGCGCAGAGCUUCGUUGAUGGCGGUUUCUUCGUUCCCGGUUCUUUCUUCAUUAGGUGCCCGUUCUAACAUCUCUGUUCUAGACCGAGAUUGUAGCUUGUUUUCGCUGAAUAUUCCACUCGUCAAUAUCUGUUCUAGACCGAGCACUCAUCCGUCGUCUUCUACUAUCGUUUGCUCGUACAAAUCUGAGAAUUCCGUUAGUGAGCGGAGGAAGAAGUUAUUGGAGCAGUAUGGACUUGAUCCUGACGAGUUUUUGUCUGAACCUUCUGCUAAUCGAGCACGAGAAAUGCGAAAAUCGGGAAAAGACAAGCAGAUUUCAGGCCAGGAUCCUAAAUUUCAACGGAAGACCCAUAAGUUACUUAAGGUGCUUGGGGGAAGUGCUCGGAGAAUGAGGCUACUCUCACCAAUAGGCUUGGAUGUACGACCAAUGAUGGAAGUUGUGAAAGGUGCAGCUUUUGAUAUCUUGCAGGCUGCUGGUGGCUGUCCAGCAUCUUUAAGGCCUGGUCGUUGGUUAGACUUGUAUAGUGGUACCGGAUCAGUUGGUAUUGAAGCUAUGAGCCGUGGAUGUUCUGAGGUGCAUUUUGUUGAGAUGGAUCCAUGGGUUGUCUCUGACGUUUUAAGGCCGAAUCUGGAAUCUACUGGGUUUUUUGAUGAUUCAGUCAUUCACACAAUUCCAGUUGAGAAUUUUAUAGAACGAGCUGAGCAGCUUAUUGGUAAUGAUAGACCAUUUGAUUACAUUAGUGUUACCCCACCGUACAUACAAGUUGAUUAUGGGGUAGUCAUGGAGCAACUAUCGAAGUCGGCCUUAGUUGGAGAAGAUACCUUCAUCGUUGUUGAAUAUCCAUUGAAGACUGACAUGCUGGAUUCGUGUGGAUGCCUUAUUCAGAUUACUAAGCGACGGUUUGGUCGGACAGUCUUGGCGAUUUAUGGACCCAAGUGGGCUGAGAAGGAAAAAAGAAAAAAAUAAGUUUACUUUAUGAAGUUGCUAAAACUGCCGAGUGAGAUCAGCCGGUGACAUUGUUCUUGCUAACAGCCUAAACUCAAAGUGGUCGGAAAGCAACUUAGAAGAGCUGCAUGCUUUUUCAUCAAAAAACUUAGAAGAGCUGCAUGCGUUGAAGUAUUUCCUUCGUUCCAUUUUGUUGGUAACUAUGAACUGAAGUAUCCAGAUUUUGGUACUACUUUUCUUGAUUCUAUUGGCCUCUUGCAAGUACAGGGUUCCCGAUAUGUGUAAUCUACAGCCACCUGUCCAUUGUCCAGCUCUAGAAUUUAUAUCCAAGCUUCAUGAUGUGCUUAAAGAAAAGAAGGCAGAGAAUGUACCGCUUUUUUGGGUCUAAAUUGAUGAGUGUCCUUGAGCAGUUGCCAAGUAUAUUUUACAACAGUAAGCGAAAGUAUGACAUGUAGAAGAUUGUAUUGGAACCUAAAUAUCUAUUACCGUCGACUUCUUUGGUUGAUUCCAGCAUUUAAGUGCCAGUAUGCCUAUUCAGAAUCAUGAAUUUUAUGGACUUGUUGAUCUCCAAGUUUACCCUUGUCAUUCUUGUGCUACUUUAUCUAUUCCAAACUUCUGUUUUACUCAACCAAUAGGAAUCUUAUCAUAUCUAAUUUGAUUUUGCAAAAGUUCUUAGGUUUUCUUUGCCUUCGCAUAGCAAGGAAGAUUGGAAUCCUACACGUGGGGUUGAUUUUUAAGUCUCCACUGUUGGUCAAUAGGCGCAGGACAUAUCUAUUUGGCUCUUGCAGGUUGCAGUUUAACAGAAAAGCCAUGCUGAAUGAAACGGACGUCAUGGAAAAGUACAGCCUUAUGAAGGCGAAGAAUUAGAAGGGAUGGUGGAUAAACUAUGCCUGAUAUUUCACGUAUGAUAUGAUAGAGGAAAGACAAUGGGAAUUGAUGUAGGAAGCUGUUGGGAUCGACAAAUCCUUCUCAACCUGCUUAUUUUGGACAGAAUUCUAACUGUGAAUGUUCUUGUCAUAACUUAAUGGGUUCGAAAUAUGUGUACAUGAAUGCACAUAUAACACUCAAUAUGCCAUGCCUAGAGAAAGAAGAUACUUGAGAACAUGCCAGAACUCUAUUCAUUUAUAGGCCUCGAGUUUUCAUUUGCUGUUAGUUUUGCUCUUCAUUUUUUGGGAUCCAAUUACGGUUUUGUCUGUAAUUUCUUUUAUCAUAUUUUCUUCUUGUCUGUUUGCCACAUGCUAGUGAAUUUUUUCCAGGACCCUUUUGAUGGAUUUGCAGCAAUGAAACAGACAGACGGAUAGGUUCAGUAGCUCAGGGAAUAGAGGCCAAGGAGUUCCGUUCGUAAACUCUUGUGGAUUGCAAAGCUCUAAUCUUCAUCCGUGAAUGUGACGAAGAGUACUAAGCAAGGGCCCCGUUCUCACAUGAUUCAUUGUCAAUUUAGAGUAAUCAGAAACCUUAAUCAGACAUGCGGAGCUGCUUGACUCAUGAAAUUACAAGGGAAAUGGUUCUUUUGGGCAUGAAUUUACUUUGGUGCCUAGCUGAUACUAGCUUCUCAGUCGAACGGAUUUGAUUUUGCCUUAAUUAUUGCUUUGAGCCAAGGACUGUAUCCAUCAAGCUUCAUAUUGUGUACAGUAGGCUUUGGACAGCACCACAUGCAAACAAAUUGUAUUCUUCCUAUUACAUUGUUCUCUGAUAGCAAUGGUUUCCUUGGAAUGUUUUAAAAUCGUCAUCAUUUUUGUGGGUGCUGAUGAAGUGCCAGACAUCCAAAAUCGACUGCCUCGAUUUCCUUCAGCAUCCAGAAGAGCGACAGACGUGCAGUGGAAGAUGAUUGGAAGAGGGAAGCAUGUCUUUCAUUGGCAUUCUGAUUUUUAUUCUGUCAGCAAGAGAAGAGUACCAAAUGGACCUGAUCCAAUCCAUAACAGGAGAGUAGGGAACUCUAAACAGCCACCAAUUCGAGCCUAAACAAAUCCUGGAGAUGGAUCAGCUGCAGAAAAAGAUCAGAAAUGAACAGUUAUUUUUUUCUUUUACCUGUAAAUGUUCAUCUUUGCUCUCCAUCAAGGAUAGAUCCUGCAUUGAGACUUUUGUCCCUGAAAGCACUGACAUGGCAACUGUUCUUAGUGGGUUCUUGGGAGUAGAAAAGAAAGAGAUUUUGAAUAACUUUCCCAGAAAAUUCUCAGCUGUUGCUAGUCAUCAUUUACUUGAUCUCAGAUGCAAAGUGUUUCUUUCUUUCCUCGGAAUUUGAAGAUUUUAUAAUGUUCCUUGUCGUUCAUGCAUAACUUGAAUUUUCCAUUGAUAUCUUUCUUUGUUUUUUUUU